AUGACUCACACUGUUAAACGGAUUGCAUUGGAAAACUUGGCCGAAUGGUCGAAGGAAUAUCAGGACGACAAAGUUGGCCAAUUGGCCGGUUCUGUCUUUCAACAUGGUAAUAUUGACGAGUUACUAAUCAACAGAAAGCACGAGAUCGCUGACAAGCAGAUUUUCAACACAAAAAUUGAGCCGGAAGGUGCUCCCGUUACCGAUCAGAAGUCUUCAGGAAGAUGCUGGUUGUUUGCAUCGACCAACUUGUUGAGACUUCGUCUUAUGAAUAAGUAUAACUUGAAGGAGUGUCGUCUAAGUCCCUCCUAUUUGUUCUUCUACGACAAGUUAGAGAAGUCGAAUUUUUUUCUUGAGCAGAUCAUUGAUACUGCCAAGGAAGAUGUGAAUUCUCGUUUGGUCCAGUGGUUCCUUAGCGAUCCCAUAUCGGAUGGAGGACAGUUCACCAUGAUGACUCAAAUUGUCGACAAGUAUGGUUUAGUUCCAAACGAUAUCUACCCUGAUUCGUUCAACACGACUCUUUCAAGAGUCAUGGACAGAUUGAUUACAUCCAAGUUGCGUGAAUACGCUCAGGUUUUGCGUGAGAAGAUCGCCAAGGGUGAAUCUAUAGACGGCGAGAAGCUCAGAAUGCAACAUUCGAUCUACAGAUUGCUUUGCAUAUUCCUUGGAGAGCCUCCAAAGCCGGAUGAUGAAUUUGUUUGGGAAUAUUACGAUAAGGAAAAUAAGUUCCAUUCUCUUCAGACAACUCCUAAGAAGUUCGUCACCGAGAACAUCGACUUCCAGACCCCAGAAUACGUCUCCUUGUUGAACGAUCCUAGAAACUCGUACAAUAGGGUGGUGAAGAUUGACAGGUUGGGCAAUGUUACCGGCGGUCAGACUGUUUCUUACUUGAACAUGGACAUAGAUGUCUUAUCUCAAGCUGUAGUUAACCGUAUUAAGAACAAUCAGGCAGUUUUCUUUGGUACUGAUACUCCAAAGUUUAUGGACAAGAAACGUGGUAUUAUGGACGUUGAUUUGUGGGAUUACAAGUUGAUUGGCUAUGAUCAGAGAUCCGUGGACAAAGCAUCGCGUGUGAUUUAUCAUAACUCUUUGAUGACCCAUGCCAUGUUGAUUACAGCUGUUCAUUUGGAUGAAAAUGGAAAGCCUGUUAGAUAUAGGGUUGAGAAUAGUUGGUCUUCUAAGUCCGGUAGCGAAGGAUACUAUGUGAUGACCCAGGAUUACUUUAAGGAGUAUGUUUACCAGGUUGUGGUUGAAAAGAAAGAUAUUCCAGAGUACGUCUCGUUGUUGGAAGAUAAGGAACCUGUUGUUUUACCACCAUAUGAUCCUAUGGGAGCAUUGGCCAUGAAUUAG